AUGAAUACGUGUACUACUUGUCAGCACCAAUUAUUCACAGAAGCCUUCUUCCGCAAGGGCAAACUUCUCAAAACCUGCUCUAUCUGCUUAACUAAAAAAUCUGAAAAAGCAGCGAAGCAAGUUUCACCUGUUGACAAUAAAUUAGAAAAUCAAUUUGAAAAUGAGAUGGAGGAGAUUAUUUUUACUGAUAUCAUCAAAUAUGUCUCAAAUAAAAUCACUAAUCUUGAGCAGAAUGCUGGACUUUUUUUUAAUUUAUGCGUUAAGCUUAAUGAUGAUAUAUUGAUCACUGCUCACCACGAUAUGAAACUCUUGCAUGAAAAGCCUAUAGAUCUUACAACUCCACCAGAAAUAAAACAUGAGAUCAUGGAGAACCUCUAUAUGGAUCCUGUGCAGCUUCAGACACAUCUUCACGAAGAUUCUGUUAUUUCUGCACGUCGCUUUUUAGAAAAUCUGAAUAAUAAUAAUCAGUUUUGUUUUGAGUGGAGGAGUGAAUUGGUUACAGCAAUUGGAUUCAUAACUCUUUUGCUAACUAAACUCUUACCUGUUAAUACUAAUGGCGCAGGAUUUCCAAUUGCGUAUUUGUUACUAAAUACUAUGAAAGCAUUCGACAAUAAAGAACAAACAGGGCUACGAACAAAAGCACUUGCCGGCUUUCUUCGCUUUCUUCACAACAAGAGGUUAGAACCGCACUUUGUCUGUGACAUGUAG